AUGCGUCCCGAGGGCGACGGCGGGGCGGCGGACGCGGGGCGGGGGGCAGCCGCGCGCGCCGCGACGGGCGUGGUCGGGCUGGUGCCGCCCCCCGGCGCCCAUCGCGGAAGGUGGUGGGGCGCGCGAGCCCCCGGCCUCUAUUUACUCUUUCAAUCAGUGCGAGUGUUUGCCCCUGGCCGGCGUGCACGCGCGGGUGAUGCGCUAGCCAUGAUCUCGCAGAAGCUGUCGUACGGCGACGUGCCGACGUCCGCGUCCCUGUCCACGCUGUCGCCGGGCCUCGCGCCGCCCUACGUCAACGGAAUGGGCUGCAUGCCGGCGCAACCUUACCCGAACCUGUACUCCAACAACAUGGUGGCGAGCGGGUCCUGCAUGGGCUCCCCUGGCGUCGGCUACUCGCCGCCCAGCACCAUGGCGUCCUGCAUGGGCGGCGGCGGAGCGGUACCGUACGGAGCGCUGCCGCGGGAGCAGGAAGCGGCGUCGCCGACGUCGGCGCUGCAGCGCGCGCGCAACGACAAGACCUACAGACGCUCCUACACGCACGCGAAGCCGCCGUACUCCUACAUCUCCCUGAUCACGAUGGCUAUUCAGAACAAUCCGUCGCGAAUGCUAACCCUCUCGGAGAUCUACCAAUUCAUCAUGGACCUGUUUCCGUUCUACCGUCAGAACCAGCAGCGCUGGCAGAACUCAAUCCGGCAUUCGCUAUCGUUCAAUGACUGUUUCGUAAAAGUGCCGCGCACGCCCGACAAGCCCGGAAAAGGUUCGUUUUGGACGCUGCACCCGGACAGCGGAAACAUGUUCGAGAACGGCUGCUUCUUGCGGCGGCAGAAGCGCUUCAAGGACGAGAAGAAGGAGUCGAUAAGACAAGCGCAGAAGUCGACUCAUCCGCACGGGCACCACGGCAGCGGACACGACAAGAGAGAGCAUUCCCACGAGAAGUCUGUGCCGGGGGGCGAGGAUAAGGAGAUGCGGGACGAGUUGCUGGCGCAGCUGCACGCGGCGCCCGAGCUCUGUCUGCCGGAGCACACGCCGCUGGCGCUGGAGCACUACGCCCAGCUGAAGCAGGAGCCCACGGGGUACGCGCCGGCGCCGCACCCGUUCAGCAUCACGCGGCUGCUGCCCGGCGCCGACACGAAGGCCGACCUGAAGAUGUACGACGUGAACUACGGCUAUGGGCACGCGCCCGCCGAAAAUUACUACCAGUCACCGCUGUACCACCACCAUGCGCACCACGCGCAGCCGCCCUUGUGA